AUGGCUCUCCCACUGUACGCCAGCACCGCACUGGCCGGUGUCUUUUCCCAUGUGGCCUACUUCAAUCGAGGAGAGCAUCAUCUUUACGGGUUGUUUUAUAUCAAGCUCCUCUUCACGAGCAUCAUCUCUGCGACCGCCAUCCUCUCAUACAUCCAGCAAACCGCAUUAGCCACAGCAUUAACCACAGCCUGCACAGUCGCAUCCUCCUACCUCCUAGGCCUCUACUCAAGCCUCCUAAUCUACCGAAUCCUGCUGCACCCUCUAAACAACUUCCCCGGCCCAUUCCCGGCCCGCGCCUCCACAUCAUGGCUCUCAACCCAGCUCAAAAACAACCUGCACACAACCCUCCUCGACCUCCACCAAAAGCACGGCCUCUUCGUCCGCAUCGGCUCCUCCGACCUCUCCAUCGCACACCCAGACGCAGUCGAACUCGUCUACGGCCCCAACUCCCGCUGCAGAAAGGGCCAGAACUACGAAAUGGUCUACCCAACCAACUCCCUCCAGCUCAUGCGCAACACCGAGCAGCACCACGCCCGCCGCCGCGUCUGGAGCACCGCGUUCAGCGAUAAACUACUGCGCGGAUAUGAGCAGCGCAUCAGGCCGUACCGCCGGCAACUAAUCAACCGGAUCCGUGAGAUAUCGUCCAGCAACGACCCGCGCGUGGAUAUUAGGAAAUGGUUCGAUCUGUUCUCGUUCGAUGUCAUGGGCGAUUUGGCCUUUGGCGAAGGGUUUCAGUGUCUGGAGCAGGGAAGGCAGCAUUGGGUGAUUGAGCACAUGACGUCGAUGCAGGAUAAUAUCGGGAUGUUUGUGCAGUCUUGGGCGUUUGCUAUGCUUGCUGCCAUCCCGGGACUGUCCAGGGCUCUUUGGACAUUUGUGAAUUUCUGCGGAGAGAAGCUGAUGGACAGGUUUGAGAACCCCCCUGAAAUCCCAAAUAUCAGCUCCGCAUUCCUUGCCCCAUUGAAAGGAAAGCCCGUAUCAGAGGUCACGCACGAGGAAAAGUUCCUGCUAUACGGCGACGCACAACUCAUCGUGAUCGCAGGAAGCGACACCACAUCCGGCGCACUAUCCGCGAUAUUCUACGAACUCGCACGCCACCCACAAGAAAUAGCCAAACUGCGCGCCGAACUAGAACCGCUCAUCGGCGAAGGCGAAGGCGAGGAUAAAUACGAGUUCCUGAAUGCAAAGAUCGCCCACCUCGACCAUCUAAAUGGCUUCAUCAAUGAAGUCCUCCGACUGUAUCCUGCCGUUCCGAGCGCGCUGCAGCGCAAGACACCCCCCGAGGGGAUCGUCGUUGACGGCAUCCAUGUUCCUGGCGAUAUGCAUGUCUAUUGUCCGUUGUAUGUGGUAGGACGGUCCGAACUGGCCUACGCCCAGCCAGAAGAUUUCAUCCCCGAGCGAUGGUAUAGUCGGCCGGAGCUGGUCAGGCACAAAUCUGCUUUUGCACCGUUUAGUCUUGGCCCAUUUAACUGCAUUGGACGACCGCUCGCAUUGAUUAACCUCCGCGAUACAAUUGCCCAGCUCAUUAUGGAGUUCGAUGUGGAGUUUGCUCCGGGGGAAGACGGGUCAAGGUUUCUGGGGGGUGCGAAGGAUAACUUUGUGUUUUAUCCUGGGAAUGUUGAUCUCUUAUUUACUCCGCGUACCUAG